CGAGGUGGAGGAGAGCACAGGGGACGCGGGGGCGGAGAGUUUCGGGGCCGCGGAGGAUUCCGCGGUGGUCGUGGAGGCAUGGGAUCUUCCAGAAAUCCGGAGGAUCGCCUGAAUGACAAACUUCAGAUGAUUGCUGGACCCAGCUUUGAUCUUCCUGUAAAUGACAACAAGGAACCCAAGAAGUUCACAAACAAGUGCCGCUUGUUCGUCGGUAACCUCACAGAUGACACUACUAUGGAAGAGUUUCAGGAAAUGUUCUCUGUGUUUGGCGAGAUUGCCGAGCCAUAUAUCAACCUGGAGAAGGCAUUUGGGUUUGUCAAACUGGACUACAGGGAAAACGCGGAGAAGGCGCGCCAGGCGCUGAACGGCACGAUGCGUAAUGGCCGCAUGCUGAAGGUGCGCUUCUCGGCCAUGGGCUGCAGCCUCAAGGUGAAGCGGCUUUCGCCCUGGGUCAGCAACGAGCUGCUCGAGCUGGCCUUCUCCGUGUUCGGCGAGCUGGAGAGAGCAACAGUGGUGGUGGACGAGCGCGGAAAAUCUACGGGCAAUGGCAUUGUGGAGUUUGCCAAGAAGCCGUGUGCACUCUACUGUCUCAAGAAGUGUGCAGAGAGUAGCUUUUUCUUGACUGAGUCUCUGUGCCCAGUGGAGGUGGAGCCUCUGAAUGAGGACGACGUCGAGGAGGGACUGUGCGAGAAUGUGCUGCCCAAGAAACACCACGAGUACAUGCGCGAACGUUCGAACGGCCCCCGGCUGGCCAUGCCCGGCUCGUUCGAGAUGGAGUACGGCAACCGCUGGAAGCAGCUGUACGAGAUGGAGAAGCAGCGUCGCGAGCAGCUGGAGCAGGAGAUCAAGAUGGAGAUGGAUAAGCUGCGCGACCAGAUGGAGUUCGCGCGCCGCGAGCACGAGACGGAGAUGCUGCGCGAGCAGCUGCGGCGCCGUGAGAUGGAGCAGGAGCGCUCCAAGGGCGACUGGGACGUGCGUCAGCAGCAACGUGAGGAGGAGCGUCGUCGCCUCGAGGAGGAAAUGCAGCGCCGCCAGGAGACCAUGCAGUCGCGUAUGCGCCAGUCGGAGGAGGAUCUGAAGCGACGCCAGCAAGAGAACCAACUGUUCAUGCAGGCCAACGAGCUGAGCAGUCUGCUGGACCAGCAGGAGCAGGCGAUCUGGGAUGACGGCAGCGCGGCGCCGCCGGCCGUGCCAGAUACCGGCUACGGUGAUGUCUGGGGUGGCCAAGACGCCGGCUUCAGCCCGCACGGCGUGCCACCUCCGGGCAUGGGCGGUCGUGGGGGUCGUGGUGGACGCGGCGCGGCACAGGUGGCCGGCAUGGACAUGGGCGGGUUCAGCCCGCGCGGUCGCGGCGUGCCGCCACCUGGCUACCGUGGCGGCCGCGGCGGCUUCCGCGGCACUCCGCGCGGCGGCGGCGGCCCUGGCCGCCCCGGUCGCCCCAUGGACGACGGCAUGGAGUUCCCCAGCAAGCGCCCACGCGUCUUUUAGGCGGCGACGGCAGCUACGACUGCCGAUAGGGAGAGUGACCGGCUGGUGGGGAGAGGCCGGCGGUGUACAGCGGCGGGCGCGCGGAGGGGGAGAGAGACUGGAGAUCGGGCGUGGUUGCGUGGGAGCUCAGGCAUGCGCGGGUGUGUGAAAGCAGUGUUCAAAAGAUCAAACGGCGUGCGAAAUAGCGUGAGUGAGCGCUGCCGUGACCGCGGUGGGUUAGAUUUGUCGUGGCAUGUUCGAUCUUCGUCAUAUUCGCAAGCCUCUUUGAACACCAGAUCGUGUGCGUGCGUGCGCGUGUCGGUAUGCGUGAUUCUGUGUUGUCUGUCCGUGUGGGUGGGUUUUAGAUCGGUUUCCUGCGCACGCGUUCAUCCAAUUCAUUGAGAAAAGCGUAGAAAUCAUAGGCCAUUCAUCGUUUUUCGUUCAUCUACUCGGACAUUAAACUCAUACGAAACAUUUGAUAUGAAAUAUUUUGUCAGCGUGUGCCACAUGGCUGAAAGGAGCUCCAGUUUCACUGUGUGACUGUUCAUGUAAUGUUUGUCGUAGUUCUUCAGAAGGACGAAUGUCGCUACCGCUUGUCCAUUUUCUCCGGCCUCAUUCCAAAAAUAUAUCAUUUGAAACUCA